GAAGGAAGUGUUCGCGUCGGGAUUCUGCAAUGAUUGCAGCCCCCCCUUGCUGCACAAUUGCGAGCGUGCCUUUCGCGGAAAGAAAGAGGGGGGGGGGGGGGUUGCUGGAAGCUUAUGCUGUGCGACUCGCACGCUGCUCGGCAGUUGGAGCAGCCUGGAGCAGCCUGGAGCGAGCAGCGCGAGGCCCCUCCUCUCCCGGGCCGGGCCUAGCCCGCCGUCCCAGGCCGUGCAGCCUUCACCUCGACCCGCCCCGCCCCGCCCCCGCUGUUGCUGUUGCUGCCGCUGCCGCUGCCGGCGGUCUCUCACUCCCACUCUGCCUCAAUGAGCCGCUCCCACCGCCGCCCUCACACACCCCGCUCGGCUGGCAUGAGGUUAAACCGACCUUCAGCCAAUUGACGUGUCAGAAGAAAGAGUGAUGGCUACACCCCCUGCACCUGGACCAGGGUUGCCCGGAGCAUUUUCUGGAUCUCAAGGCCAGGCAGGACGUGAAGUUAAUACAGCUUCUCUCUGUCGAAUUGGCCAAGAGACUGUGCAAGACAUUGUCUCAAGAACAAUGGAGAUUUUUCAGCUUCUAAGAAACAUGCAGCUGCCAAAUGGUGUGUCAUAUCACGUUGCCACCCACCAGGAUAGGCAGGGGAAACUGCAAGAGCACCUUCGCCAGCUGUCUGUGCUCUUCAGGAAGUUGCGACUGGUUUAUGACAAGUGCAAUGAAAACUGUGCCGGUUUAGAUCCUGUCUCAAUGGAGCAACUUAUUCCUUAUGUGGAGGAUGAAAGUACAAAACAUGAAGAUCAUAGCUUGGCAAAUCAACUCCGUUUGGCAAGUGAAGAGAGGCGGGAAAUAGUGGAGGUAAAUAAGAAACUUAAACAGAAAAACCAGCACCUGAAGCAAAUAAUGGAUCAACUACGUAACCUGAUUUGGGACAUUAAUGCAAUGUUGGCAAUGAGAAACUGAACCAGGCUACUGAGCCUGUUGUUUAUAUUGAUUGAAUGUAUACGUGUGUUGAUGGUGAUAAUCAGGCCCAGCACCUGCUAAUCAGGUUUGCUGGCUGAAGUCUAUUUCAAAAAGUAAUGCAAAGGAAGGGUGCCUUAAUAUGGAGUGCACAGAAAAAAAUAUCCAGAGCUGAAGGUCACUUUGUGAACUGUAUAUUAAUUUGAGAAAUGUAUUUAAUGUGUUUGUGCAGCAACUAUCUGGUUGGUGGUGGAAGGUAUAACACUAAUUCUGAAGGGCAAUAGGACAAGUGCUUUAAAGGAGAAUUUUAACCAUGUGGCAGCUCUAUUUCUGAUCCACAUUCCUGUACUGCGCAGCUAACUGCUACAGCAUUAGUGUCUUUACCUUUCUGUCUUUAAUUAGGUUGUGUUUUAUUUUUCUUUUGAGAAUUUGUGUUACAUUUGUGGUUGAGUCUUUUUGUUUCUUGAUGUCCUGAUGUUAGAAUGUCCACUGCUGCUGCCUUUGAAACUGGACAUGUUCCACAAGCUCAAAAUAAUAUUCAACAUCCCUGUACUCAACCAAAGUUUAGAUCCCCAAUACAUCAAUCCAGACUUAUAGCCUGCCUGUCUAUUCUAAUCCAUUUGCUUUGCUUAGAAAUCACUCCAUGGAACAAUACUGUUCCAGUUCAUUCUGCAUAUUGCUUAGAAAUCCCAAUGUUAGGCGGCUUUUUGGAAAUUAGUUGCUUAUUGCCGCUAAGCUACAAAGCUUUAUUUUGAUAACUCAAUAUCUUAGCGAAUUUGUUCCAGGGUACUGUAAAAUAUUUUCGGUAAUUUAAGACCCAUUUUAUAAAAUGAUCGCAAGGUUUUUUGAUAAAAAGUGAACAGCUUUAAACAGUUGCAAGUUUGUAAAAAGAAAUUGUAUCCUAAAACUAAAUACCAUAAGUGACAAGGCAACACAAUCCACACUCAUCAUACACCUCAAGAAUUAGCUCAAGUGGCUUACGAUGGCUGGCUAUUCAGAAAAUACAGUUAUAUUUUCUAAUAUAUAGUUGCAUUUGUAUCCAGGGUCUUAGUUUUUGGACGGCAAAUUAAAGCAUGCCAAUGCUGACACUCCAUGUAGAUUUACGAAGGUAAUCUGAUGAGACUGCUAACGAGUGGGAUCAACACCUCAUCCUUAUCAAGAUAAAACUUGCAUUUAUUAUUGAAAAAUGUAUUGUCUGGUAUUUCUUGUGCAAUUUGGUCCUUGAUUAUAUGCAAUAUUAAGCCUGCAAAAUCUGACUGCAAUGUUUGAACGCCAGAGUUCCUGAAUUGAUUUUAAAAUAACGGUAGCGCAGCAGUCAAGUUCGGGUUCGAUCCUGACUAUGGGUGCUGGUCGGUGCGGAUUCGAUGGGCCGAAGGGCCUAUUCCAGCGCUGUACCUCUAGACUAAAUUUAUAGAAACAUAUAAAAUUAUAAAAGGACUGGACAAACUAGAUGUAGGAAAAAUGUUCCCAAUGUUGGGGGAGUCCAGAACCAGGGGCCACAGUCUAAGAAUAAAGGGGAGGCCAUUUAAAACUGAGAUGAGAAAAACCUUUCUCACCCAGAGAGUUGUGAAUUUGUGGAAUUCUCUGUCACAGUAGGCACAGGAUGCAUUUAAAAGAGAGUUGGAUAGAGCUCUUGAGGCUAGCGGAAUCAAGGGGGAUGGGGAGAAGGCAGGCACAGAUUACUGAUUGUGGAUGAUCAGCCAUGAUCACAAUGAAUGGCGGUGCUGGCUCGAAGGGCCGAAUGGCCUCCUGCACCUAUUUUCUAUGUUUCUAUGUAAACUAAACUAAAGAGAAUUAUUACCCAAACCGCCCAACUAGGUAUGGAUAUAUAUAUUUUUUCCUUCUCCUUUGACACCUCUCUGUAAGCAACUUCUCAAUUUGUGUGUGUGCCCAUUGUUCACUCAUUAAUGCCAUGCUGUAAGGGGAAUGCCCAGGAUAACACCUCUCAUUUCAGAGUAAUUAGUUUAACCAGAAACCUUAAAGAAUGGACAACUCUGACUUUAAUGUCUGCCUAGCAGAAUUGGAGCUCAGCACUCCAGAUAGCAUCUUCUAACGAAUAUACAAGGAGAUUAAUUUGAUUUUUCAUCUUCUAACUGUUGUAAUAAUUCGACACGCAUUUGAAGCUUUCCAGGCCUUAAAGCUGCUAAAGGGAACUGGGUGAGGUGCUGCGGAACUUCUUUGCAUUGGGUGCAAAGAUUUGGACCAAAUUCCCUUGGGUCCAUAAUUUGCAAAGAUUUCAUAAUUUCUAGGAGCAGAAUUAGGCCAUCAAGUCGAUAAUCAUACGUGUUCAAUCAUGGCUGAUCAAUUGUUCCCUAUCAACCCCAUUCUUUUCCCUUUUCCCCAUAACCUCUGACACCUGUACUGAUCAAGAAUCUAUCUAUCUCCACCUUAAAAAUAUCAAUUGAAUUGGCCUCCACUGCAGUCUGGCGAUGAAUUCCACAGAUUUGCCACCCACUGAAUAAAGAAGUUAGUCCUCAUCUCCAUUCUGAAGGUACAUCCUUUUAUUCUGAGGCUACGGCCUCUGGUCCUAGACUCUCCCAUUCAUGGAAACAUCCUCUCCACGUUCACUCUAUCCAGGCCUUUCACUCUUCAGUAAGCUUCAAUAUGGUCCCGCUCAUCCUUCGAAACUUCAGCAAGUUCAGGCCCAUCAAAUACUCAUUUACUCCUGGGCACGAUGCAGAGCAUCCCCUUAUAGUCCAACAGGACUGAAAGAUAGAGCAUGGUUAUACUGCUGCAGGAUGGGGAGGAGAGCUCUUGGCAAGAGCCAUCCAGGGUGGUUUGAACAGUCGGUGUUGGUUGCCAGGCAAAACCAGUAACCGUGGAGGAGCAGGAAGAUGAUUGCUGCAAACCUCUGCUGCUGAGGGGUGGCACAGCUGGUAGCAGUUGCUGCCUCGCAACGCCAGAACGCCUAGUUCAAGCCUGAACUCCGGUGCUGUCUGUGUGGUGUUUGUAUGUUCUCCCAGUGAUCGCCUGGGUUUCCUCUGGGUGCUCCAGUUUCCUGACACGUCCCAAAGAUAUGUGGGCUUGUUGGUAAAUUGCCCCUCGUUUGUAGGGAAUGGAUGCUGAUGUGGGAUAACAUGGAACUAGUAUGAACGGGUGAUUGAUGGUCAGCGUGGACGCGGUGGGCUAAAAGGGCCUGUCUCCAUCCUGUAUCUUUCAAUCAACCUGAGAGCGGACAUCACUCUACCAGCUGGAUCCAUAGUUGUUCUUCCAGGAUGGGGCACCAGCAGUUCUAGUGAAUCUGUUGCAGAAUAGGUUCAAAGGUCAGUUUAUUGUCACAUGCACCAAAUAAGGUACAGUGAAAUUCGAUUGAAUUCAUGAAUGUCUGAACACUAAUAGUAGCAGUCCGAGCUUCUACAGACCAGAAAGUGACCCGAGUUUAUGUUCUAAUCUUUGAAUACCGGAUGCUGUUGGUCACAUUUUGUCCUCUCAACAUUAUGAAUAUGGAAACUUUUUUUCCAGCGUUCUAUUCGCUCAUCAACAUUGUUCCCAUACCAUUCCUAUUGAACGCUUUGUAUGGGUCUGAAUAGCAUAUUAAAAUAUUUUAGACAGAAGGAUGCUGGUUUACA